AUGUUCUAACUCCCCAAACUCUCCUUCGUCAUCAGUUACAUGCAGCCAAGCACUGCUCACUUCACUUGUGCUAGUUGCUGCAUCACACCACCACUUCCAGAAUCCAGACAUCAAGCUCCAAAGCUUAUAUAAGUAACUUACCCGUUGCCUUGCGAAAAUAGAUCACCUAGUCUGCACCUGGUCUCCCAAAAACUUCUCUCCCUUUUCCAAGGCUUCCGCACCCGGACAAUAUACCACCAGCACAAUGAGACCCUUCUUCAGCUUCUCUCCUUGGUGUUCCUUGCUGCUUCUCCUCUUGCUGGCGACGGCUUCGCAGGGGCUGAACGUCGGUGACCUUCUCGGCCAAGGGAAAGCACCGGCGGGCGACAAGGAUUGUAGCCGGAUGUGCGAAUCCAUGUUCUGCACGGUUGCUCCUGUCCUGAGGUACGGAAAAUACUGCGGAAUCCUCUACAGCGGCUGCCCCGGCGAGAAACCCUGCGAUGCCCUGGACGCCUGCUGCAUGACCCACGACCACUGCGUCGCCGACCACAACAAUGACUACCUGAACACCAUGUGCAACGAGAACCUGCUCAACUGCCUCGACAGGGUGAACCCGGCGGGGCCGACGUUCCCGGGGAAUAAGUGCGGCGUCGGCGAGGUGGCCUUCGUCAUAAAGGGGGUCAUCGAGACGGCCGUGCUCGCAGGGAAGAUCCUCCACAAGAAAGACAUCGGGCAGUAGCUAGUCAGCUAGCAGCCCAUUUGGAAGGCAGCCGACGGACGUAAGUACGCUGGCUGCACAAAUGAUGUGGCAGGCGCGGCGUGCCGGUGCGGCAACGCGAUAGUAUUAGUGUCCUUGGGACCUGUACUGUACGGUAUAUUCUUUUUAGAUAAAGGAAAUGUAUUAAUAUCAAAAGAUAUCAAUUACACCUAGCCUUGCAACAA